AUGACAGCUGAGGUUCAAGCAACAGCCCUUUUGGGUUCCGCACGGUUAAACCUUGCAUUAGUUGGAUUUUUGGGUUGCGUUGUCAUUUAUGCUUUACGUACCGAUGUUAGUGUUGCAAUUGUUUGCAUGGUGAACAGCACAGCGGUGGACAUGAUAACUGGUGCUGGUGAUAUUAAUGUAACCAAGAAAGCUACUGCUACAUGUUCAGUACAAAGUGAAACUAAAUCAACCGAAAAGGAUACGGUUAUGGGUGAAUUAGUUUGGAAGAAAGAUGAGCAAGGAUAUGUAUUGAGUGCCUUCUUUUGGGGCUAUAUUUGCAGCCAAAUCAUUGGCGGUUAUUUAGCCGGUCGAUAUGGCGGUCGUUUGGUGAUUGGUAUUACGGUUCUGGGAAGUGCAAUUCUUACUUUGAUCAGUCCAUUAGCAGCAACAACUAGCGUUUUUGCAUUCAUCGUUGCGCGAGCUCUUAUGGGUUUUAUGCAGGGUGCCAUAUUUCCUGCGUUUCACACUAUGUGGUCAGUAUGGGCGCCACCUUUGGAAAGAAGUUUAUUGACCGGUUUGACAUAUGCAGGUGCUCAAAUAGGUAAUACAGCUGUCAUGCCACUGUCUGGUUUACUUUGCAAAUAUGGAUUUGCUGGUGGUUGGCCAUCCAUCUUUUACGUUAUCGGUACGGUCGCUGUUUUAUGGUGUCUUCUUUGGUUCUUCUUUGUUUCUGAUCGACCAUCCCAAAGUAAACGUAUUUCUAAAAAGGAGCUAAACUAUAUCGAAAAUUCAUUAGCUGAUAUAUUAGCAUCGGAUUCGAAAAAAAAAAGAGCUGUUCCAUGGCUUGCAAUAUUCAAAUCGGUACCAGUUUGGGCAUUGUUCUGUGGUCAUUUUGCAGGUGAUUGGGGUGCUUACAUCAUGGCGACUAGUCUUCCGCUCUUUAUGAAUGAUGUUUUGGGAUUAGAUUUCGCUUCGCUUGGAUUUUUGACAGCAAUUCCGUACAUUGCAUAUUUUGUAUUUAUUAAUUUGGGCGGUUUUAUCGCAGAUAAGUUGCAAAAUGCGAAUAUUUUAUCAACUAUAUCUACUCGACGCCUUGCUAUGAUUGUUGCACUUGGAAGUCAAGCUAUAUUUCUGAUAGCUAGUGGUCAUUGUGGUUGUGGUCAAGAAACACUAGUGAUUAUAUUCCUUACACUUGGCAUUGGUUUGUCUGGCGUACAGUACGCUGGUUUUGUGGUCAAUUAUCUUGAUAUUGCACCAACAUUUGCUGGACCUCUGCUAGGUAUUGGCAAUACGAUAACAUGUAUUGCUGGAAUCAUAGGUCCACUUAUGGUUGGUAAACUUACUCCCACGGGUUCACAACAAGAAUGGCAAUUAGUUUUUUGGAUUACCGGUGGAGUCUUAUUGGCCGGUACUACCAUUUUCUGUUUAUUUGCCAAAGGUGAAGUGCAGCCUUGGGCAUUGAGCGAUAUUGACAAAGAAGAAAAUUGUGAACUGGAAAAAAAGACACUUAAUAGCUCGGAGAGCUCACCGUGA